AUGAUUCUAGUAGAACAUGUAAGAAAUGAUGAUCAAUAUCAACAAUUCUUAAUUGAGAUUGAACCACAAUUAUAUGAUUUCAAUUCGCAUACUCAAACAAAUGUUGAACGUGAAAUACAAGAGUAUCGAGAAGAACAAGAAAUAGCAUCACAAAUACAAGACAAUCGAGCAACAUCAGAAAUUGUAGAAGAGAAAGAAGAAGAAAAUGAUGGUCCCAUAGAUUAUUUAGAUGAUUACAAUCUAAUGAAUACUCGUAUUACUAUUGAUUUACCAUGA